AUGUUCAAGUGUUGCUUUGUCCAUCACAACAACCUUGAAGCUUUUCAUGAAGAGGAGGUAUACAAGGUGUUCCAGUACCAUAGCCCAAGUGUAAUGUGUGGCUCCUUCUGCAACACGUGUGACAAGCGAGCACCAGUUGUACCCUCCCCAUUGCCAGCGCCAACGCCCUCCCCAUCGCCAGCACCAAAACCCUCCCCAUCGCCAGCGCCUAAACCCUCUCCAUCACCAGCGCCUAAACCCUCUCCAUCACCAGCGCCUAAACCCUCCCCAUCACCAGCGCCUUCACCAGCUCCUAAACCCUCUCCAUCACCAGCGCCUAAACCUACUCCAUCACCAGCGCCUAAACCCUCUCCAUCGCCAGCGCCUUCGCCAGCUCCUAAACCCUCCCCAUCACCAGCGCCAAACCCCUCCCCUUCUCCAAUGCCCACGCCCUUUCCACUUUCUCCUAUUUUUGGCGUGGUGAUGCUGGUGGUCAUCACGGCGCGCAAGGCUGUGCACGUAACGGAGGACAACCAACUCAAUCUCAAACAAUGGGUGGCCCCACUGGUGGACUCAGGUGCUGUAUUGGCAUUUAAGGAUGCUCAGUUGGACGCUCCAGAUGACUUGCUGCUGCGCUGGGCCCGCCUUGCCCUCUCCUGCACCGCUAUGCCCGCAUCCUCCCGCCCCUCCAUGAAUCAAGUGCUGGGAGAGCUGGUGAAGUUAAAGCAGGAGGCGUUUGGAGCACAUUUGAGCGAGGCAAUUGGCCCGUGCGGAGCACGUGGGCAUGCAGAGUGA